UCUCCUUCCAUGAUGGCGCCCCGCCUCUCUCGGGUUUUCCGUAACGGUCUGGCCCCUCAGACCCCAGACAUCCUCCAUCUUCCCUCGAGUUAAAACGCAAUUUCCCGAGGCAGAAGCCACGUCAACCUAUCGCGCCCCAAAACCCUUGCCAAACACUUCGAGACACUUCCAGCCAUGACUGGCAAGCGAAAAGUGAGUUACUCAUCGUACGAGGAUCACUCCACCGACGAGGACUUCAUCCCCGAGGAGUUCUCCCAGCCCCCAAGGUCAGGGGACACCAGCAUAGCCUCGACAAACUCCCAGGAGCCUCGAAAAAAGCGAGGGCGGGGGCCCUCGAAGCGGCCCUGCACCAACAGAAAUGCCCUGAUGGCGCGGGUGAAUCGUCAGAGGAAGAAGGAGUACCUGGAGAGCAUCGAGACGAAGCUGACGUACUACAGAAAGGCCAACAAGAACCUCGCCAAUGUCGUGCAACAGCAGGGGAUUGACCUGAAGAGACUGAGCGCCGAGGUCUCCUACCUCAGGAGCAUCAUCAACAACAACACGAGCAUCACAACCCUCUUGAGGACGAUGAACGAGUCCCUGAGGCGGAGCAAGUGCAGGACUGAGGAGGACAACUGGGACUCGGAGCUCUUCCCAGGGUCCCAGGCAGCCCUCGGGGGAACCCCCAAGACCUCGCCAGAGCCGUCAGCACCAGGUAAUGAUAAUGAAUUUUAUCAGAAGCCCAGCAAGACUCUGCUGUCCUCCGUGGAGUCUGACCACAGUUACUCGAAUGGAAUUGUCACUAAUGAUAUCUUUAAUUUUGAAGGCAUCAAUUGUGAUCCUUCCUUCAGGGGAGGUGUUGACCUCGUGGGUAAUCCCAAUGUUAUUAAUUCGAAUGAAGAUUCACAGCUUGGGAUAACUGAUGUGGACAUUGGCCAGUUGGGGGACUUCGAUACUGAUAUUUUUGAUCUGCCUAACGAUGGAAGCGAUGGGAUUGAUUUGUUCAGGAGUGAGCAGCCACAGCCGGAGAAUCUUUUUGAUAAUCUUGAUGGCAGUGGGAUUUGUCUGCACGUUAAUUCGGGGAAGAUUUCACUUGAGUAUUGCUCCAUUUGCCAUCUCAACAGCAUUAACUCUGAUGACCCUUGAGGGGUGUGGGGAGCGUUGAUUUUUGUUGGGGGUUUAUUACUGAAUGCUGAGGCUAUUUUCAAUGUUUUUGUUGAGUUGUAUUGUGUCAGAGGUGCGGGGAACAUUCAUUGAAAUAACUGGGGGAUUGGGAGGAAAAUUCUAUUGCUUUUUUAAUUUUUUUGGGCGAUUUUAUGGGAAAAUAGAACAGAAUUCGAUUUCGAAUUCAAAGUUUUUUUUUGUUCAAUUUCUUCAGUGAAGAGAAAAAAAUGUCAGUAGAAAGAUGAUGACAUUCUCCUUUUUCAAAAAUUAAUGGAAUUUUCAAUAGAAUUAUCUAUCGAAUUCUCCAGGUUUUCCUAUGAAAUUUUUUCGUUCAUGCCAAUUCGAAUAUUUAUAAACAUAAAUUAAGGUAGCCUCUAAGCUGUUUGAUAAGGUAUGGACGUCGAUCUAAGGCAUUUGUUUCAUUUUUUACGAUAAAAUAUUCUGUACAUUGAUUUCUCCUCCGAGACUCUAUGGACGUUUUUACUUUUGCAGGGUAUUAGGUGGAGAUGGAUGAAUUAUAAACGAUUGUGCCCCUUGUAAUGGAAUUGAAAGCACCGAUAAUGUUGAAGUGAAAGUUGUCACUAAGCUGGGAUUGCUUGUCUCGGAGCCAUUCGUUUUCUUAAUUAAAAAAACAUAUAUUUGUUACGAAAAUAUGUUAACAGCUGUUUAAACAGGUUGAGUAUGAACGUAUCACCAUGAUUUUUCUAAUUCUUCGAGUCAAAGUAGUUUUCAUUUGCUGAAAUUGUUUCUUUCAACUUAAAAAUCAAAAUCAAAAUUUUUUCAUCAAUUUGUUUUGAACUAAAAAUGCUUCGAGACAAUUUUUAUUAACUGAAAAAUGUGAAGAUGAGUUUCUCAUUGCAAACGGCCAUUUAAGUUUCAGCCAUCGAGUUGUCAACGGCUCCAGGGAUUCCAGCAGCCAAAGGUGAAAAUAAUUAUCAACCAUCCACCACUCGUCAAUAUUAUUUUCAAUUCCUAAAAAUGGUAAAAUUUUUUUUUCAUCUGACCGAUGAAAAAUCCUGCCUCUAUCCAUUCCAGAAUGAUUUUUCUCAACGAUCCUGCAUUAGUGAACUGCUCAUUUUUAUCAUUUGUCUGUGAUAAUUAUUAGAUUUCUCCAUUUGAGGGCGUGCUUUCUACAAUAUUUUUCUAAUUUGUCCACAUUUACAGAUAUCGGAGGAGAAAUUAAUAUUUUUUAUCAUGUAAGUUGUGGUAAUGUCUUUAUAAAAGAAUAGUGACGUGUGUUAUGCUGUAAUUACGAUAAAAUACUGAAAUUAUUAAAAAAAAUACACAAUAUUCUGAAUAACA